AGAUCUCAAGUCAUAUAUUGAAAGCAAUAUACUUGUACUAAUAUACAUAUUUAUAUAGGGUUCGUGGGUUCACACACACAGUUGAUGGGAAGAACUGUGAUCACCAAAGCACCAAAGCUGUUCUUAAGGAGUUGGAAGCAAGUUCAAGGACGCGCAGGGAUAAGCAGCAAAGCUGCAAAACCACAUCCUAUGGUAGUCGACUACUCUGAAGACAUUUCCCAUCAUAGAGUGGAGAUCAACCGUGGCGGCGAAGAGGAGUGGAUCCCACACCCACGUACCGGAAUAUUCUUUCCGCCAGGACAUGAGUCGGUGAUGGACGGUGUCCCUGACGGCGCUGCUUCCUUUGACAUGACGUUUUGGCUUAGGAACAUUGACGGUGUGGACAAACCUGACCCUGACCAUCAUUUUCCUAACUGAAAAAUGCUAUAAUGAUCGACUAAUGUAAGAAAUUAUAAUGGGACUAUACUAUGCAACUAUAGCAAAAUAAUAUCAUUCCUGAUGAUGAAUGGUGUGUACGCAACGUUUGAUAAUGAUAAUUUCGUAUGAUGCAUGGUUGGUUUAUGCAGCGACCAUUAAGAGA